UGUGUGUGUUAUCCAGAUGCUGUCUGUGGAGAGCAGCAUCAGCCUCCUCCUCCUCCUCCUCCAGCAGCAUCAACAGCGCAGCAGCAGAUAAGACUGAUGAUGGAAACGGAAACACGGACGGAUCUGCAGUAGAGAUCCGGGGAAGAUGCUUCGGCUGCUGUGAGGCAAACCGAGCCGUGUUUAGCCCGUGUCAGCUGCACCUGCCGUGGAUGGUUUUCCCGAUGGGUUGUGGAGGGAGUCGGGCGGACGCGAUCAUUGAGCCGAGGUACCACGAGAGCUGGACCAGAGAAACGGAAUCGACGUGGCUCACUAACACGGACGUAGAGACCUCUUUACCAGUAGCAAACAGUAAAGCGCUGGAGACCAGUUUGAGGGAGAAGAGGAUGGUGACCACAGGCACCCAGUGUGGGAAGCAGGCUCUCGCAUCCACUGGCUCCAACCACCAGAGGAGACCCAGGCGCUCCCUGAGUGAUGUAGGUGUCACUGGUAGCAGCAAACCACUCGUGACUCCAAGAGGAGGGCAUCAAAGGAGGCCGGUGCUUUGUCUAAGGACGGGCAGCCCGUCAAUAUAAACAGCAGUGGAGAAGCUGAAACGAUGGAAUGUGUUGGAUGAAAAGAUGAGGACAAGCCAUAACUGUGUGAAGAGGAAGGCAACCGGAGCUGUAAGCCGUUCAUUAGAAGAUGGGUUGGUGAUUUACAGAACGUGUGCGCACGAUGUUUGAUAGUGACGUUUGCAAGAUCUUGGCUGUCUAUCUCCGAAAUUUAUAACAUCUGCAUAUGUCUCCAUCCAAAGAUCCCAGGAUGCUGCAUCUUUGUUGUGCCAUUGCAAAUGCAUGUGUGAAGCACAGAGUGGGUCACAAACCCUACACCAUGCUUUUCUCCUAUGCUUAUGGUGCCAGCCAGGGAAUGUGUCACUGUGUUCAGCCAAUUAAAUGAAACCAAGAACAGACCGUUCCAUAUGCACACGAUAAUAAGAAUCUGCACAUCAAAUGUUUUCUGUGUGGGACCUUCUUAAAGAAUCUGCUUCAGUUCUUUGUGCAAAUAUAUUCCUUUUGUUGUGAGUGAAAAAACAAUAGUGUGAGAACCAAUGAUGAUGCUGUUUAACCUCAGUCAAUGCUGUAAAUGAUUUUCAUUUAAAGAAGACCCUGAAGUGCUGUUUAAAAACUGGAGGAUGGAAACUUGAAGGCUGAAGACUGUCUUUUCCAGUCUUUGCAAGAUAAAGAAACAAACACACCCGCAUGUGCCUACAACUCAUCUUGAUCUUAACUGCGCCUGUUUUCACUUUCUGCUUUUUUUUAAAAAAAAUGUUCAGUAAUAUGUGCUCUCCAGUUCUCUUAUAUCUUCUGUGUUACACGAUUUAGUAUUAUGAUGUGUCAUUUUUGUGGCUUACACUGAUCUGCAUCUAUAAAUCAAUCGUGGUUUGAUUCAGCAUUUGUGACAAUCCAGCCAAACAAAAUGAAAAGCAAGCUGUCUGAAGUAAAACACUUGAUCUAUCUGGUAUACAUAAAAAUGGAAAAAAAAGCACUCAAGAGUACAGUGCAUUCAGGAUACGAUUCAGGAUGAGGAAACUAAAGAUUUAUGACCAGCAGAUGGUGUUGUUGACCAGAUGGGGGUCUUACUAAUAGUCUCAAAGUCCUCAAGAGAAUUGCUACUGACAGCAACCACAUUAAGAAAAGCACUUAUUUAAUAGAGAGAGAAUUUAAUAGAGAGAGAAUGACCUAAAGGCAAUCUAUAUAAAAUUCACAAUCUGACCAGACUUUUUUUUUUUUUUUUUUUG